UAUUUAUGUUGCCAGGAAUGUUUUGAGCGAACCUACCGACCCCGUCCUCUUGGCGAAAUUAUGCCGAAAUUGAUUGGACAGACAUGGUCACGUGGCCAUUUGCGAACUGGAGUUUCCACGACAGCUGGAAGCCGUGCAAUACGGGGGCAUCGCGCUUUUUAAAAAAUAGAUACUGUUCAUAUUACGACAGAGAGAAGUAAGUUGGGGCAGCAUGGGAGACAAGAAGAGUCCCACCAGGCCGAAGCGGCAACCGAAGCCCUCGACCGACGAAGGCUAUUGGGAUUGUAGCGUCUGCACAUUCAAGAACACCGCCGAGGCGUUCAAAUGCAUGAUGUGUGAUGUGAGGAAGGGGACGUCAACACGGAAACCUCGGCCUGUUUCCCAGCUGGUGGCGCAGCAGGUAACGCAGCAGUUCGCCUCGCCCCUGCAGCCCAAGAAGGAGAAGAAGGAGCGGACCGAUAAGGAGCGCAGCGACAAGGAGCCCACACUCAAGAAGAACAGCCACAAGAAGAUGAGGCCCCGGUUAAAGAACAUCGAUAGGAGCAGCGCGCAGCAUCUGGAGGUGACGGUGGGCGACCUGACGGUCAUCAUCACGGACUUUAAGGAGAAAGCCAAGCCCACGUCCACCUCGUCGUCUAGCGCCGCCUCGGCCGACCACCACAGCCAGAGCGGCUCCGGCUCCGACAACAACGCCGAGCGGAGCGUGUCUGUGUCGCGCUCCUCGUCCCCCCGUGGCGAAGCCUCCUCCGUCAACGGAGAGUCGCACUAAAAAAAAAAAAUAAAAAAAAACCUACCCACCUACCCUGACCUUUGCCCCCUGAACCCCACCGCCUCUUACGGUUACCCCAUCUUAUCCUCCCAGCCCCCCCCCCUCCCCCCCACUGUUCUCAGACCCUAAAUGUCCCCUGCUUCCCCCCACCACCACCCCCUUCCAACGUCGAGAGGCACCAACGAUCUCUUUGUCCUCCUCUUUUUCCCAUGUCCUCCUCAAAACCUAAACCUGUUCCCUCUCUCUCCUCUCUGAACAUGCACAUGUAAGGCUAUGCCAAGACCUUACAGCAAGCUCUUCCCUCUGAAAAAUCCACUACGACACGACAAACAAAGCAACAGUUAUCUCUCUUUUUUUCCCCCUCCUGUUUUCUUUUUGGGAGUGUGGGGAGGUGGGAGUGAACCUCUCGCUCUCCCCUCUGCGGAGUAAUCCAAACCCUGGUCAGCUUCUUCAGUCCUGGUGGUUUUGGAGACGAACCCACAUCGGGCAUUGGCCUGCACAGGGGUUGACAAACUGUAGUAGAAUUUCUAUGUCACUUUCAGGAUUAAUACUCUAUUGAUAUAGCAUUCUAAGAAGACCAUUCUAAACUCCUACCAUAGAGCUCAUGCAUCCUCCAUUUCAGAUUGUUGUCGGCACUCCUCAUCCAAUCAGUGUUAUUGAUAACAUGUAGACACUGACGUGAGCCCCGCCCACUUCAUCUCACUUCCAUUCUCCCUUCUCCAAUAAGAACUAUCGUGGCAUGAUCUGAUUCAGAGUCUCAAUGCAUUAUGGGAAAAAAAAGUAUGAAACUGUUCCCCUUCAUUGUACAGUGAUUGAUUAAUCAAACUGUGAUAGAGUAAGACCUAUUCCUUCUUUUUUGUUUUGUUUUUGUUUUGUUUUUUGCACCUGCUGGUAUUUGGUGUGGUUACAUGAGAGAAUAUUUUACAUUAACAUUUUUUUUCUUUGUUUUGUUUUAUCUCAUUUGCAUUUAUUUUUGUUUUAAAACAAUUUGCAGCACAAGUUAUAUAGAUCAUAUCAUGUUGUUCUCUCAUUGCUCUUGCCAAGGUUGCUAUAUAUUAUGUAUGCACAUCUUGGUGAAUUAUGUGUUAAUUAAAAGUUUGAAGAAAAGAAAAAAAAACAUUUAUUACUUAAAAAGACAUUGUAUUAGUAAAGAUGUUGACAUUGAAUCUCCAUUUUAUAGAUUUGAGCUUGUCAUCAGAGAUUUAUUAUUACGUUUAGAAAUGUCACUGAAUAAAAUGGAAAGAUAUAGCCUCAUCAGUAAAAGACUUGUAAAUAAAGUGAUAUUGUGGGAUUUGCAGUAAAUUGAAGGAUGCCCAUA